AUGUCUAGCGCACCAUCUGGCGAAAACACGACACAGAAGGAGAAUUUCUUUCCUACAUUAGGAGAUGUAGCUGAUCGAACGGAUGCGCUGAAAGGAGAGGAGGGUGAAGAUGAAGAUAAGCAGAUGCAAGAGAUUGAAAGUCUGUGUAUGCGAUGUCAUGAGAAUGGUACAACGAGAUUGCUCUUGACAACUAUUCCCUACUUCAAAGAAAUUGUUGUCUCCAGUUUCAGAUGCGAUCAUUGCGGUCAUCGAGAUACCGAGAUUCAGAGUGCUGGUGAAAUACAGCCCAAAGGUGUUGUAUACACUGUCCACUUACUCACUAGGGACGACCUCAAUCGACAAUUAGUUAAAUCCAACUUUGCUACCCUUUCCAUCCCAGAUUUACAACUUACCAUUCCGCCUGGACGAGGUCAGAUUAACACCGUCGAAGGUAUUAUCCGGGAUACCGUCCGAGACUUGAACAUCUCUCAACCAGUCAGGAGAGUGAUGGAUCCAGAGACGGGUAAAAAGAUCGAUGAAAUGUUAAGUGUUUUGAGGGACUUGAUCGAUCUGGAGGAAGAUGAAGAGGACGACGGUGGAGUUGGAAUUGACGAUGAGGAGGUAAAGAAGCCCACUCAACACUCCGAAGAAGAAGGGGAACAUGCAGAAAAACCUUUCAAACCAUUUUCGAUGGUAUUAGAUGAUCCAUCUGGAAAUUCAUUUUUCGCCUUUAACGAGUCGCCCUCGGAUGCUCAAUGGAAUAUGAGAGCGUAUAACCGAACCUUUGACCAAAACGUCACACUUGGCCUGGUGGCCCAACCAGAUGAGAACGGGAAUGCGAAUCCAGUUCAGACCGAGAACGGUGAAGUGCCAUUGGAUGAGAAACAUAAUUUGACAAGUAUGGAGGAAUUCGAGCAAAGGAGGAAACAGGAUGGUGAAGUUUUACCGGAAGAAGUAUUCAGUUUCCCAUCGACAUGUUCAAGUUGUGGUCAUUCGCUUGAAACUAGGAUGCAACAGGUCAAUAUACCUUAUUUCAAGGACAUCAUUAUCAUGGCUGCGAACUGUUUCGCAUGUGGAUAUAGGGAUAACGAAGUGAAAUCUGGUGGAUCGAUAGCAGACAAGGGGAAGAGAAUAACGUUGAAAGUUGAAGAUGAGGAGGAUCUAAGUAGAGAUCUGUUGAAGUCCGAUACAGCAGGUUUAGAGAUUCCCGAGAUCGACCUCAACCUUCAACCCGGUACUUUGGGAGGACGAUUCACGACCUUGGAAGGAUUACUCAACGAGAUAUAUACCGAACUGUCAACCAAGGUAUUCAGGACUGGAGAUUCCUUGACAUCGGGUAUAGGACAAAUCAAUAACGAAGGUCAAAAGGGUGAAAGGAAAUUCGAAACUUUCCUAAAAGGUUUGAAAGAUUGUAUUUCAGCUUCUAGACCAUUCACUCUGAUCAUCGACGAUCCCGUGUCCAACUCGUACCUCCAAAAUCUCUACGCUCCUGAUCCCGACCCCAACAUGACUAUCGAAGAGUACGAGCGUACAUUCGAUCAGAAUGAAGAUCUGGGUCUGAACGAUAUGGUCUUAGAAGGGUAUAACAAGGAAGCUGAAGGUACUGCUUAG